AGCCCACCGCCCUACGCGAACACGUGACGGGCGCUGCCUAUAAAACUUCUCAGCCGCGGCGGCCGCGCCGAAACCGUCCGUAAUCCGAAAGCCGAUGAUGGCUUCUUUUUGCCACUUCCCCGCCUCUCCUCCCCAUCAAUCCCUGUCGAAGCUCCUCUCCCCUCUCCGUCGCCCCAGACCCCAUCCUUUUCUCCCAAACGUCUUGUGCAUCUUUAACCCUAACCGUAAUCGCAUCCGAGCCGGCUCCCAGUUCCGGAGGCUCUCCUUGUCCUCCUCCUCAAUCGCCCUUCCUCCCGAAGAAUUGGAUUCCUCUUCUCUCGGCGAUCUCACCAGACCAGAUUUCCCUAUCCUCCAUCAGGAGGUUAAUGGGUUUAAUCUGGUUUACCUGGAUAAUGCUGCGACCUCUCAAAAACCGACUGCUGUUCUGAAGGCUUUGAACAAGUACUAUGAGUCCUAUAAUUCAAAUGUUCACCGUGCCAUCCAUUCUCUGAGUGCAGAGGCCACAGAUGAAUAUGAGCAAGCAAGAACCAAAGUUGCAGCUUUCAUCAAUGCAUCAAAACCCAAAGAGAUUGUGUUUACUCGUAAUGCUACUGAAGCAAUCAAUUUGGUAGCAUAUUCAUGGGGCCUCUCAAACUUAAGGUCUGGAGAUGAGAUAUUACUUACCAUUGCGGAACAUCAUAGUGCUAUAGUUCCUUGGCAACUUGUUGCGCAAAAGACUGGCGCUUCUCUGAAGUUUGUUGGGCUGACAAAGGAAGAAGUUCCAGAUAUUGAGCAGCUUAAGGAGCUUCUUUCAGUAAAAACAAAGAUUGUUGUUAUCCAUCAUGUCUCAAAUGUGCUUGGUUCUGCUUUGCCUAUUGAAGACGUCGUGGCCUGGUCACACAGUGUCGGGGCAAAGGUUCUUGUAGAUGCUUGUCAGAGUAUUCCACACAUGGUUGUUGAUGUGCAGAAACUCGAUCCUGAUUUCCUUGUUGCGUCAUCACACAAGAUGUGUGGGCCUACAGGCGUUGGAUUUUUGUAUGGUAAAAGUGAGCUCUUAUCUGCAAUGCCUCCAUUUUUGGGUGGUGGUGAAAUGAUUGCAGAUGUGUUUCAAGAUUAUUCUACAUUUGCUGAACCUCCUUCCAGAUUUGAGGCUGGAACUCCUGCAAUUGGGGAAGCCAUAGGAUUGGGAGCAGCAAUUGACUACUUGAUGGGUAUUGGCAUGCAAAGGAUCCAUGACUAUGAGAAGGAGCUAGCAAACUAUCUUUAUCUUAGCCUCCUCGCUAUACCUAAUGUGCGCAUCUAUGGUCCUGCUCCUUCAGAAACUGUCCAUCGUGCUUCUCUUUGUUCAUUUAACGUCGAGAAUAUUCAUCCAACAGAUAUUGCUACUAUUCUUGAUAAACAGCACGGAGUGGCUAUUCGAUCUGGACAUCAUUGUGCCCAACCCCUGCACCGUUCCUUGGGUAUUAGUGCGAGUGCGCGUGCUAGCCUUUACUUCUACAACAACAAGAAAGAGAUUGAUGUCUUUAUUCGAGCACUCAAAGAUACCAUUGACUUCUUCAUCUCCUUCCAUGGGACAGAAGGACUAUGAGGGCAAGGCAGAGCUCGGGCAAUAUCUGAGAGUGGGUGUGCCACCUGAAGGAGAAGAUUCAAGCUACUAAAGUAAGGUUGCCUAUUCUAUUAAAAACAAUGGGGGUGCUUAUCUUUGUGGGAACUCUCUUGGGUUUGUUAUGCUUUUGCAAAGGGAAGAGCAUGAAUGAUUUUGAACUUCAGAAAAAUGCCAUCACUCUUUUUGGUGAUAAGUUAACGCAUGCUGCCGGCCCUUAGGUGUCCUUUUGAAGUCAAAACGGGCACCCGCCACGUAAUGGUAAGUUGGUAUGUGAAACCAUAGGCUGUUCUCUGUAAUUAGGCUGUAAAUGGUUGCCCGGAGUGCAUGUUUCUAGCCAAGAUUGGCUCCAUGACAAACCAUUUCUUUGGACUUACGCAAUGUGUAUGGAGAUAAAAGGUGCCUGACAAGGGAUCAGAUUUUGAUUGGAACGGAUUGCAUCAUGACAAGCUCAAUGAAAUGUGAUUACACGAGUUUGUUGCCCACUUGAUUUGGAAGGUAGCCAUGGAUGUGCUCCGAAAUCUGAUUUCUGGCUGUAGACAGUUGCUUAUCGGUAAAGGUUUGUGAGGAGCUCUCCUGGUGAGAAAUAAAUUCUGUCAUUUCUCAUCACUUACCAGAAGGAUUCUUUACAAAGUCGAAUAGUAUAUUUGGCCUUUUGUUGCAUGUGAUCGGACGAAAUUGCUAUUCUCAUUUAACUGAAGAUAUCCACAUGAAUUUGAUCAUUUUAUGUA